AUGACUUGCCACUCGCUGCUAAAUUCGUCAUCGAUUGACUUUGCAGUGAAAGCCGUCAAACCAGUUGACGUGUAUGGUUGCGACGAUCACCUGGUGUCCGACCUGCCCGGCUCGGCCUUCAAUUCCUCCUCGCGGCUCUCUACCAGCCACGGCCCCGGCUUCGCCAAGCUCAACAGGAGAGACGGUGCCGGAGGUUGGUCCCCGCUGGAGUCCAACCGGCCCCAGUGGCUGCAGAUAGACCUGGGCGAGAGGACGGAGGUCACGGCCGUGGCCACACAGGGCAGGUACGGGAGCUCGGACUGGGUGACCAGCUACGCCCUGAUGUUCAGCGACUCGGAGAGCAACUGGAAACAAUACCGGCAGCAAGACAGCAUCUGGACCUUCCUGGGAAACUCCAACGCAGACACGGUGGUCCAUCACAACCUUCAGGACUCCGUCAAAGCCCGAUUCCUCCGCCUGGUUCCUCUCGCCUGGAACCCCAACGGGAGGAUAGGGAUGAGAGUGGAGGUGUACGGCUGUCUGUACAAGUCGGACGUGGCGGACUUUGACGGCCGGAGCUCGCUGCUGUACAGAUUCAGUCAGAAGACGGUCAGCACCGUGAAGGACACGAUCUCGCUCCAGUUCAGGAGCCCGGAGAGCGAGGGGGUGAUCCUGCACGGAGAGGGGCAGAGGGGGGACUACAUCACGCUGGAGCUCAGCAAAGGCAAAGUCUCCCUGCAGCUCAACCUGGCUGGAGCCUCUCUGGGGUUGACCCCGGCCCCAGUGGUGCUGGGCAGCCUGCUGGACGACCAACACUGGCAUUACAUCACCAUCGAACGCAACAAGAACCGAGUGAACUUCACAGUGGACAAGGACGUCCGUCACUUCUACACCGAAGGCGACGCUGACACGUUGGACAUUGACUACGGGCUUAGCUUCGGAGGGAUCUCGGUUCCAGGGAAGUCGAAGACCUUUUUGAGGAAGAACUUCCGUGGCUGCCUGGAAAACAUCUACUACAACUGGGUCAACAUCAUCGACCUGGCCAAGAGACACAAACCUCAGAUAGACGUCCUGGGGAACGUGAGCUUCUCCUGCUGGGAGGCCCCGGUGGUGCCGGUGACGUUUGGCAGCUCGGUCAGUUACCUGGUGCUCCCGGGGCGGCCCCGGAUGGAUGGGCUGUCGCUCAGCUUCCAGUUCCGCACGUGGAACGGGGACGGACUGCUGCUGUACAGCCGACUUCCCGGGACAGCCGGGGCUCUCCGCGUCCGGAUCAGCAACGGGAAACUGGGAAUAACCCUCCGGAACUCCUCGCCGAGUCCGGCCGCCGUCACCGCAGGUUCUGGGCUGAACGACGGACGGUGGCACACCGUGGACAUACAGAGCCACGCGAGUCGUCUAACCGUCACCCUGAACGGCGACAGAACCUCCGCUGUUCACGCGACCUCACCAAGGCACAUCUACUCAGGGAGCGACUACUGGUUUGGAGGCUGCCCUGAAAGCCGCGGAGGCCCUGGAUGCUCGACGCCUUCCGAAACCUUCCGGGGCUGCAUGCAGCUCUUUUCCAUCGACGACCAGUUGAUUGACCUCAGCCUGGUCCAGAGAGGCCUGCGGGGCAACUUCAGUCAACUGCAGAUGGACUCGUGCGGAAUUAUGGACAGGUGUUUGCCCAACUACUGCGAGCACGGGGGGGAGUGCUCGCAAACCUGGAGCGGCUUUUACUGUGACUGCACGGGGACAGGAUACACCGGGGAGACCUGCCACAGAUCCGUGUACAAACAGUCCUGCGAGACGUACAAACACAUGGGCAACACGUCAGGCUUCUUCUACAUCGACCCCGAUGGCAGCGGGGCAGGGGCUUUGCUGGUUUACUGCAACAUGACAGAUACAACCUGGACAAUAAUUCAGCACAACGACACGGGGACUACCAGCCUCCGCGGGUCCCCGUCUCGGAGCCCGCACACCGCGCACUUUGCCUACCCCGCCGACCCCAACCAGCUGAGGAACAUCAUCAACAGCGCCGAGCACUGUGAGCAGGAGCUGACCUACCGCUGCAGGAACGCUCGCCUUCGGCACGGCCCUGGUGAGACCCCGUUGACGUGGUGGAUUGGGAGGACCAACGAGAAGCAGACGUACUUGGGGGGUGCGACCCCCGGGGCCCAGGAAUGUGGCUGUGGACUGGACGGGAGCUGCCCGGACCCCCAGCGCGGCUGCAACUGCGACGCUGACCGGGACCAAUGGGCCAAUGACACCGGCCUCCUCUCCUACAAAGACCACUUGCCCGUGACCCAGUUUGUCUUCGGGGAUCUGAACAGGACGGAUUCGGAAGCCGCCUACAGACUGGGACCUCUCCGCUGCUACGGGGACAGAAGCUACUGGAACGCGGCCUCCUUCAGCUCGGGCUCCUCGUACCUGCACUUCCCCACCUUCCGCGGCGAGCUCAGCGCCGACAUCUCCUUCUUCUUCAAGACCACCGCCUCCUCGGGCGUUUUCCUGGAGAACCUGGGCAUCAAGGACUUCAUCAGGCUCCAGCUCAACUCUCCGACAGAGGUCACCUUCUCCUUCGACGUGGGCAACGGCGCCCUGGAGGUGGGGGUCCGAUCGCCCUCCCGGCUCAACGACAACCAGUGGCACCACGUGCGAGCCGAACGCAACAUCAAAGCAGCCUCAUUGAGCGUGGACCACCUUCCCAGAGAGACCCUCAGCGCUCCCGGGGACGGGCACGUCCACCUACAACUCAACAGCCAGCUCUUUGUCGGUAAGGGGACGGCCUCGAGGCAGAGGGGUUUCCUGGGCUGUAUCCGGUCCGUGCGGCUGAACGGGGCGAGCCUGGACCUGGAGGAGCGAGCCACAAUGACCCCCGGGGUAACGGCCGGCUGCCCGGGGCACUGCAGCAGCUACGGCAGUCUGUGCCACAACGGGGGCCGGUGUACAGAGAGGCCCAGCGGGUACUCCUGUGACUGCAGCCAGUCCCCGUACAACGGGCCCUUCUGUAAGGCAGAAAUCUCCGCAUUCUUCGACCUGGGCGCCUCGCUGACCUACACCUUCCAGGAGUCGUACGGGAUCAGCAAGAACCUGAGCGCCCACCUGUCCGCCAUCUACACCGGCAGGACCCCCUCCCCAGAGAGCACAGCCUUCGCCUUCCGCACCCUGACCGCCCCCAGCCUCCUCCUGUACGUGGAUUCCUACCGGCAGGAAUAUUUGGCCAUCACGUUGCUCCAGAAUGGCCUUCCAGUUUGA